AUGAGUACUGUCGACGUUAUUAAUAAGUUCCCGAGCACCGAGUCGCCGGCGGCCGGCGCCACCGUCGGAAUCUUCCACACCGACGGUGUGCCAUCGGCGGCUGCCAUCGAUGGCCUUGCCGGCCCCGUUGAGGUUUUCCACCUGGUGUUUGCGUCUGGAAGUCCACCCGGCGAUAGAUCUGCGGGGUUCUCGAUACACAAAUACGACCGGUUCCCGAAUGCCUUCGUCACCAGCGAGGCUGGCAUUCGCGGCGUUGCCGGUGCUGCGUUCUCGGCGAAAAUGGGUGAGGUGGUUGAGUUCUUCACGACGCGGGAGAACGGCUCUCUUUUGGCCGAAGCCCUGGUGGGCUGCGGAAAGUUUGCCGACUUCAAGGUGUCCGACGCGUACAAUGUGGCGAGGGCGGUUGCCCAAACAUCCGCACAUCGCAAGUGCAAGAAUGUCAUUUUAGUGCUCGGAUCGCUUGACAUUGGUUUCGUCGAGGCCCUGGUCACAGGUUUCCUGAACCACAUCAGCGUGGAUCGCCGUUUCCGUAAGGACACGACCACGGAGUACCACCUCAACGGCGUCUACAUCGCUACCUUGGCCAUAGAAGAUGUGGAGUCGCUUGCGCUUCGCUGCAAGGUGCUUGCGAAGGCCAUGCAUAUGAGCCGUGAGCUCGUCACCGCGCCCGCGAACUACGCGAACACGUUGUCAGUCUCAAGUUUCCUCAAGGACAAGCUCACGGCACUCGGUUUGGAGGUCAAGUUGCUGUACGAGGAGGACUGCCGCGCCUUGGGCAUGGGAGCGUAUUGUGCCGUCGCCCAGGGUAGCCGCUACCCUCCCGUCUUCGUGCACGCUACGUACCGAGGCGAAGGUCCCACCAAAGCCACUAUCGCUCUUGUCGGCAAGGGGAUCAUGUUCGACUCGGGUGGCCUUAACAUUAAGAGCGCCUCGAGCGAAAUUGAGCUGAUGAAGUUCGACAUGGGCGGUAUGUCCGCCGUCUUCGCAGCUGCUGAGGCCAUUGGCACGUUGAAGCCCAGCGGAGUGGUGGUCCACUUCAUCAGCGCCACCUGUGAGAACAUGGCCGGAUCCAAGGCCUACCGCCCCGGCGACAUAAUCACAGCUUCCAACGGCAAGACCAUCGAGGUGAUAAACACGGAUGCCGAAGGACGUCUUACCCUGGCCGACGCUUUGGUCUACGCGGAGAAGUUGGGAGUCGACUACAUUAUCGACUUGGCAACGUUAACUGGCGGCUGCAUCGUCGCGCUAGGAUUCAAAUACGGCGGUUACUUCGCAAACAACGAGGAGCUCAACAGCAGCUUCGUAAAAGCGCUUGAGAAGUCGGGAGAAUUAGCGUGGAGGAUGCCGCUCGCGAAGGAGUACGCCGACUGCCUUGAGUCCAAGGUGGCGGAUCUUAACAACUGCAGCUACAAAGUGAAGGCGUCCACCAUCUCGGCCGCGCUAUUCCUCAAGGAGUUUGUGGAACGGACCAAGUGGAUCCACUGGGACAUAGCCGGAACGGCGUUCGACAGGAACACUGGUCGCGGCACCGGAUACGGCGUCCGUACACUGGUCAACCUGGUCCUGGACCUGGCCGAGCAUUAA